AGCUCUGUAUCUCCCUGAAAGCAGCUCUCAACAAUGUCUUCAUCCAUGUACACAUUCGGGAUCCUCUUGAUCUGGUUUCCAUGUCAGGUGAGGAGCGUCACGUUUCAGCCAACUCGUCCACAGAUAGUGAAGGAGGGCACUGAGGUCACUAUCAGCUGCAGCCACGAUGACAGUAGCCUUUUGGUAAUGCUCUGGUACCAGCAGAAAGCAGACAAUCACUCACUGACCCUCAUUGGGUCUGGAUAUGCAAACAGCGCCCAAACCUACGAGGGUCAGUUUGAAAAGCAGUUUGAGCUGACGAGAGAAGACACACUGAGAGGAGCUCUGAUCGUUCGCUCAGCAAAACCAUCAGACUCGGCUGUGUAUUUCUGUGCUGCUAGUACACAAGAGAGCAGACUUAUGAGCCUCAUUGGAUACAACUACAUUGGAUCUUCCUCCGUCUAUGAGGCGCAGUUUGGAAAUGGAUUUGAGAUCACAAGAGAAGACACAGUGAGAGGAGCUCUGAUCGUUCGCAGUCUGGCUGCUGCCCCAGAGGUUCUUCAGUCUGGAGAACAAACGUCCCACCCAGGAGUCACAGUGAUCUUGGGGUGCAGCAUGGCUCCAGGGUUCAGCAUGUCCAGCUACACCAUGCUCUGGUACCGACAAACCCUCUACGGGACGCCCAUAGAGUACCUCACAUAUGAGUUGGAGAAAGUUGUGGGUCGCUUCAAAGCAUUUCUGGAUGCAUCAAACAACAACUUCUCCCUGGAAAUCACUAAGCUGCUCCUGAAUGACAGCGGCACCUACUACUGCGCUGCCAGUCACAGCAAUCCUGCUUACUUCGGCCAAGGAACCAAGCUGACAGUUUUAGAGUAUAACGUCACUGCACCAACUGUCAAAAUACUUCCACCUUCAUCAAAGGAGUGUAAAAACAAGAAGAAGACCUUGGUGUGUGUGGCCUCUGGUUUCUACCCAGACCAUGUGAGUGUGUUCUGGCAGAUCAGCGGGGAAAAUGUCAAGGAUGGUGUGGCGACUGACAACAAUGCCGUAAGGAAAAACGAGUCCUACAGCAUCACCAGCAGGUUGAGGGUCUCGGCCGAAGCCUGGCGCUUGCCUGACCGGACUUUCACCUGCACGGUCACCUUCUUUAAUGGAACUGGUUACGAACCCUACUCAGACUCUGUUAAGGGCACUUUAGGUGAAGGUGAAGGAGAAAGCUUCACAAAAGAGAACUAUGUGAGGACCUCGCAGGCUGGCAAACUCUCCUACGCUGUUUUCCUGGCCAAGAGCAGCUUGUAUGCGCUCUUCAUCACCGCUCUGGUGUGGAAACUUAAGAAUUCAUCUGGGAAGCAGAACAACUGAGAGCUGAGCUGAGGCCUAAACAGACGCAUCAGAGGAACUGAGUCUCUUUGUUUCUGUAAAUCAAAUUAAAAACUGCCUUUUUCACAGAGCUCCAGUGCAUUUAUACUCAAUAAUAUUCCUGCUGAAAUAGAUACAGUAUAUGUAAAGCAUGUGAACAGUUUGUUUUUCUGAUUUUCUGAAUACUUAAUCAUGCUGUCUGUUUGUGUGUAACUGUGACUUUCUUUUUGCUUAAUAU